AAGGAGGCCACUCCCUCUAUCUGCACGUUUCUGCUCUGAAAAGCUAAAACAAGAGCGGUACUCUCGCUCUAAGCUUCAACUCUCCGCUGCUGUCGCUCUUUAACAUUCUUAUGUUCAAUCAGGAGCAGUGAAUAAUUUAUUUCUCAAUUCACAACAUUAUUAAUAUGGCAACUACUCCUGAGAAUGAGAAAAAAGUUGUAAACGAGGAGCCCAAAAUCGAUCUCUUUGAGGAUGAUGAUGAGUUCGAAGAAUUCGAAUCUGAAGAGUGGGAUGACAAGGAAGACGGAAAUGAAGUUUUGCAACUGUGGGAAGAUGACUGGGACGAUGAUGAUGUCAACGAUGAUUUCUCAAUACAACUGAAGCGGGAACUCGAAAGCAACUCGGAGAAGAACUGAUCAUCUCUGUCUCUCUAUCUCUCUCUCUCUCUCUCUCUCUCUCUCUCCUGCAGCUCUGGAUCUCUUUUGGGAAAUACAGCCUAGGAGAAAAUGUGAACAUGGGGAAGUUAAGAGUGUUUUGAUGCAUUUCUGGACUUGAGCUCAAGUCUUAAAACUAAAGCAUUUUGCAUCUCUUAACGUGAAUUGUGUAGCCUAGGAGAAAAUGUGAACAUGGAGAAGUAUGUUUUUUAUGCAUCCCCGAACUGAAACUCAGCAUUAAAAACUACAGCGCUGUCUCCUUUUUC